AUGGCUACAAUUCUUCGUAGUCUGAAAUUUAUAAAACCAUUUAAAAAUAAUCUUACUUACAAGAAAAUAAGUACUUCAAACUCAAAUUCGCGCUACCAUCUACGCAUCGCCUUCCCAGAGAACUUUCAGAAAGUUUUCAUCUUUAUGCUGGAGACUUACUUCAAGACGGAACCGACCAUCGUCAGUUUAGGCCUCGUCGGCAAAUCAUUGCCGAUACUCAUGUCCCUGAUGCAGCAACAUAUCAGUCAAGGCCUGACGAUUAUCGCGGAGGACAGCUUGACGGGCUGCAUCGCCGGUGCCGCUGUCAAUACGAAAAGCGUCAACGGUGAUCUGCAAAACCUCACGCAGCUCAUCAACUGUUCCUCCGACGAUGACCCCAGCCGUGAGCUCUUGAAGUUCUACGCGUACUGCUCACGAAAAGCCAAUGUAUCUCGCCUCACCGACAAGAACGUCGCGUUCGAGUGCUCCUACGUCGCUGUACACCCGGACCACCAACGCCAGAGCCUCGGCAAGCGUGUCAUUGCCGAGAGUUGGAUCCUCGCCCAAGAACUCGGCUUCGACCUCUUUAAGAUCGACUGCACUAGCAGAUUCACCGCGAACAUUGCUGAAAAAUUCGGCUGGACGUGCAUUGAGACGAUAUCGUACCGCGACUAUCGCGAGGACGGCAACAUUGUGUUCCAUAAUGUGCAGCCUCCCCAUACGGAGAUGAAGAUUUACGUCGACGAUGUAAUAUACUUAGGUGGCUACUGUUCCGAGCGAAUAUAAGGCAUAAAUAAAAAGCUUGGAGAAUUAAGGGGAAUUUAAUCAUUGUCGCACGAGUGCUGAA